AUAAGUCUCACAAAUGGCAACACCAUGUAGACAUUUCUUUUUAUUUCGGUUCUUUGCCGUGUUGUUUCGGUGAAGAGCGGCAGGAUGAAGUACAAUAGGCUCGUCACCUCAUCGAGGAGGAAAAACAGGAAGCGGCAUUUUAGCGCGCCGUCGCACAUCAGAAGAGUUCUGAUGUCAGCGCCUCUUUCCAAGGAGCUUAGACAGAAGUUCAAUGUAAAAUCUAUGCCCAUCCGUAAGGACGAUGAAGUGCAGGUAGUCCGAGGCCACUACAAAGGCCAACAGGUCGGCAAAGUAGUCCAGGUUUACCGUAAGAAGUUCGUCGUCUACAUUGAGAGGAUCCAGCGUGAAAAGGCCAAUGGUGCCAGCGCAUAUGUUGGUAUUCAUCCCUCAAAGUGUGUGAUCGUCAAGUUAAAGAUGAACAAGGACCGCAAAGCCAUCCUGGACCGCAGGGCGAAGGGCAGACUCGCAGCCCUGGGUAAGGACAAGGGCAAGUACACGGAGGAAACCGCCACUGCGAUGGAGACCUCGUAAACAUCUAGGUUUUAAGGCUAAUAAAAAAGAAAAUGCAA